CAAAGAUACUCACGUCAUAGAUCUCGAUCUCCAAAGAUCUGACACCAACCACGGUUCUUGGCUUGCCGCUGAUUCAUUGCUAGAGCUCAAUGCAUUACAGUUGCCACCGAUAGACACAAACUACAAGCUUUCUAAAGCAAGUUUUAGUUGACCAUCAUGAAGCUCGGAGCAUUCCUUAUCUCGUCGGCAGCGGCAUUGGCAGUGUCAGAUGCUUUUUCCCCCGUCCAACAAUCCGUCCGAAACAGCAAUGUUGUCCAGUUGCGAAGCAGCAAACAAUCGGAAGAUUCCUGGCAAAAUCAAGUUGGCAAAAUACUGGCCACUGGUCUAGUGACCGCAUCUCUUUGGGCGGCACCUGCAACAACAAUACUGCAACAUAAUCCUUAUUUUGACCAACUGACUUCGUCGUCGGUGGCCAAUGCGAAACAAAUGGCUUCGGCGUCAGGAUCCCGAGUCAACAAGGACCCAGAAUCACUCCUUCGAUAUGGGCUUCCCAUCAACAGCAAAGAGGCUCGAAAGCUGCAGGGAGAAAUUGAAGCUAUUAAACAAGAUGUGGGAACGAAACGAAAAGCUGCUGCUCUUGACCAUGUCAGGACUGCGAAGCGCAUGCUGAAUGAUGCUAACCUGAUCAAAGCAUGCCGAGACGGCAAGAUUUGUACCUCCAUUGUCGAAAAAAUGAGCACUGAAAUUGAGCCCAUUUCUGCAGCACUGAAAGAUUCCAUGGAAACUCUUAAUGGGUCCGAGCAAGAACGCCAAGCUCUGGACAAGGCAUACGUUAGCCAAGACAGACUGUCAAAGCUGCUGACAUCCUUAGAAGAGCAAAUGAUACCAGAAAACUAUGAGGUCAAGGUGCCUAGUGCCUAUGAUGAUUUGCCUCAACUAAAGAAGCGGGCAACUGUGGAAAUGGUAUUCAAAAAGCCCAAUAAUGAACCCUUCGAUGUGAAUGGCCAAAACUACAAAGAAGCAAAGAUGAAAAUGGUGAUUGAUGGGUACACUUCUCCUGUGACGGGAGGAAACUUUGUGGAUUUGGUGCUAAAGGGGUUCUACAACAAUAUGGAGAUCCAAAGAUCUGAUGGCUUUGUCGUUCAAACAGGCGAUCCUGCAGGAGAGGCUGAUGGGUAUGUCGGAACCGCUGGAAAAGCUCUUGGUGCUGGCAAGCACGGUGAACGUUUAAUCCCGUUGGAGAUCUUUGUGGUUGAUGACAAGGCACCAACCUACGAAGUAUCAAUCGAAGAAGAUGGACGAGGUGGGCAGGCUACCGUGCUUCCUUUCUCAGCAUAUGGUGCCAUGGGAUGGGCUCGAGAGGAGUAUGAUCCCAACAGUGGCAGCUCUCAAUUCUUUUGGCUCCUUUUCGAUUCUGAUUUGACCCCCGCGGGCAAGAAUGUCUUGGAUGGAAACUAUCCAUGCUUUGGGUAUGUUGUCGAGGGAGAAGAUUUCUUGCGUGAUAUCAAGGAAGGUGACACGAUCGUGUCCGCAAAGGUCACAGAAGGCAAAGAAAAUCUGGUCCAGCCGAAGUGAGCUAGCUACUAAUGUCAACUAGAGCAACUAAUUUCAAGUAGACUGUCGCUCAGUCUCCUCCUUGUAACACGUAUC